AUGGUUUCAUUAAAUAAAUUGGUCAAUGGAGGCUUAAUCUUGGCAGGUCAAUCAGUAUAUUCAGAUCUCUCCUCCCCUGAACAAGCGGCAAUUGAACAGUAUAAUAUCAUCAAAUUCUUGUCGGGAUCAGCUCCUUAUAUUCAACACCCUGGAUUUGGUAUCUCUACUGAUAUUCCUUCUCAAUGUACCAUUGAACAAGUACAAUUGUUUUCUAGGCAUGGUGAACGUUUUCCUUCAAAAGGGUCAGGGAAAUCUUACGAGGCGGUCUACAAGAAACUCAAGGCAUACAAUGGCACUUUCAAAGGUGAACUUGCAUUCUUGAAUGAUGAUUAUACCUACUUUGUACCUGAUACGUAUUGGUAUGAAAAGGAAACCACUCCAAGUAAUUCCGAAGGUUACUUUAGUGGGACUUCCGACGCUUUGAAACAUGGUGCUGCAUUUAGGGCCAAGUACAAUGCAUUGUACAAUGCAAGCGAAGUAUUACCAGUUUUCUCUUCAAACUCUGGUAGAUGCUACCAAACUUCAAAUUAUUUUGCAAGAGGAUUCUUGGGAGAUCAAUUUUCAGAUUCUACCGUUAAAUUUUCAGUUAUCUCCGAAUCACCAAGCAGUGGCGCCAAUUCUUUGACUCCUAGACUGGCGUGCAAUGCUUGGGAUGGCAAUGCGAAUUCUGACCUUAUUAAAAAGUACGAUAAAGGCUAUUUAAAGGGGAUUUUGAAAAGACUUCAACUUUCUAACCCUGGUUUGAACCUUAGUACUAGUGAUAUUGAAAAUUUGUUUGGUUACGUUGCCUAUGAAAUUAAUGUUCGAGGUUAUUCACCAUUUGCAGAUAUUUUCACCAAUGAAGAGUACAUUAGAUAUUCAUAUGGUAAUGAUGUAUCCUACUAUUACUCACAAGGCCCAGGCUACAAUCUUAGCAAGGUUGUGGGAUCAACCUUGUUAAACGCAUCAGUUACCUUAUUGAAGAAUUCUGACUCUAAGAAUAAAAUCUGGUUAUCAUUUUCUCAUGAUACCGAUUGGGAAAUUGUACAUGCUGCCUUAGGAUUGACUAGUCCAGAAAUUCCAUUACCUGUUGGGUAUGUACAAUUCCCAGACACUUAUGUACAUUCUCAAAUAGUUCCACAAGGUGCUAGACUUUACACUGAAAAAUACAAGUGUGGUAAUAGUUCAUAUGUCAGAUAUAUUCUUAACGAUGCUGUCUAUCCAAUUAAGGACUGUUCUAGUGGACCAGGGUUCUCUUGUGAAUUCUCAGAUUUCGAGAAAUACAUUGACGAACGAUUGAAUGGUGUUAAUUUUGUUGAUCAAUGUAAAGUGUUUAAUAAUGUGUCCCACGAUGUGUCUUUCUAUUGGGAUUAUGAGACUACCAAGUAUAACGCUAGUUUGAUUGAUAGUUAG